AUGAUCACUUUGUACGAUAUGGGACCUGUGCCGAAACUCCCAGGGAAUAUGGGUACAUCCCCCAAUGUUCGGAAAGUGAUUUUUACCCUCAACUACAAGAAACUCCCCUUCACCCUCGUCCCUUUAAAUCUCGAAUUCAUCGAACCUACUGCCAAAUCCCUCGGCGCCUCACCCACCACCACCUACCCCGACGGCUCCCCGAAAUACACCGUCCCAUUUAUCCACGACUCAACCACCGGAAAAGCCAUCUCCGACUCCCAAGUCAUCACAGAAUACCUAGACGCCACUUACCCAGACACUCCGGUUGUCAUUUCAAAGGAAACCCGAGUCCUCCAAUCCGUGUUCAUUGAAACAAUCAGCAAUAAACUGAUGGGUCUUGUCCCGAUUCUUUACACAAAGGCGACCAGCGAUGAGAUGCGAGAGGCGAGGAAGAAGCAAAAGUUUAACCCGUAUGCUCAUGUCAUGGACUCGGAGCUCACAGCCGAGCAGGAGAAGGAGAUAUGGGAGAAUGUGAGGAAGGAGUUUGAGCCGUUGGAGAGUUACUAUACGAAUAAUCAGUUGUUUAUUAUGGGGGACAGACCUGUAUAUGCGGAUCUGUGUUUUGCGGCGUUUGGGUCGGUGGUCAAGUUCGCUUGUGGGGAUGAGAGUGAAGAGUGGAAGGAAAUGAGUUCAUGGGUAGGUGGGAGGAUAGGAAGGGUUGUUGAGGAGGUGUUGAAGUAUAAGAAGGUAUAG